AUGAAUCAUUUGUAUUUUUCUUCGUAUAUUGGCUUGAUUCAUUGUGUAGACAUUAGUAAAGGGAAACCGAUUUAUAGUACAGCCCAAAAGAGACUAGAGAAGCAUAAUCGAAAUGUAUUUACCAUUAACUGGUUUAACCAUGGUCGAAACUGUAUCACUACCUCUAUAGAUAAGCAAGUCAUCAAAUGGGAUGUUCAACGAAAAUUAUGUUUACAAAAUUUAAAGACACAUGCUGGGUUCCCUUAUGGUCUUGAUUCACCCAAUUGGAAUGAAGGUCAAUUAGCUGUUAGUAUGGGUGACAAUUCAAUCAAGUUAUGGUCCUUUUCAUCUUUAGGUCUCGUUAUGAAAAAGAAAAAAUAUCAUGAUUAUUAUGACUCUACUGUCUUUUGGAAAGGUUUACAAGGGAAAAUUGAAAAGGUUAGAUGGCAUCCUCAUAAAGAAGGUCUUCUUGCUUAUUCAAAUGAAUAUGGACACGUAGGCAUGAUAGAUACCUUUAACUCUAAGCAUAUACCCUUUAAAAGCUAUCAUAAAUCGCAAACUGCUCCUUAUUUAGAUUGGGGUUUAAAUAUGACAACUAGCUUAGAAGAUUUAGAUAUGCAGGAUACACUUGUUUCAUGUGGCGGCGAUGGUAUAAUUCAUAUCUAUGACGUUGAUCAUCCCAACAUACCACCCAUCAACUUUAAUGAACGACUACAGGAGAAAAACCCUGAUUGGUUUAUUAGCUUGAGUGCAGUUGAUUCAUAUCGUUGUAUUAUAAAGAUAGAUAAAAAUGCUGAAUUUAUUGCUAUUGGACAUACGAAUGGAUUAGUAGAAGUAUAUAGUUUGAAUAGUCUUAAGGUUAUUUAUGUCUCUAAUUGUCAACGUCAAAGGAUUAAAUCUUUAGAUUGGAAUAAUUCAAAUAAAAGACUUUUACUAGCAUCAGGUAGCACUAGUGGUGAAAUAGCUAUUCAUGAUCUUAGUCAUAUUGACAUAUCAAGCUUACCAGAUAUUCCUGUGCCUCAGACUGAAGUGACAGCACUAUUAAAGGGACAUAGGAAAGAGAUAUUGGAUUUAAAGUGGAGCUCACAUACAGAUAAGCUUCUUUUAGCUUCGGCAUCUGAAGAUAACUUUGCAGCAGUAUGGGAUGUCAAGGAGCAAAAGACGAUUGCUCUGUUUGAUAAACAUCGUGGUCGAGUAUUGUCUGUUUAUUGGAAUCGAUUAGAUCCUGAUGUUAUUUUUAGCAGUAGUGAAGAUAGAUUUAUUUAUGAAUGGAAUUAUAUGGAUUUCCCAUGCAAAGAUUCAAUUGAAUAUGUAAAAGAUUAUAGUAUGAUGCUUUCCUUAGAAUCUGAAAAAGCGAAAAGUAAAGUGAAAAAGGAGCAAUACUGUCUCGUCGUUGCGAAUAAUUUAUUAAACGGGAAAGUAAAAUCUGUUGUUCAGCAGUUAGUUACAGAUUCCUUGACAGAAGAACAAAGACAAGAUGCAACCGUCAUUCGAUAUACACAAUUUUGGGAUGAACUUGAGAAUAGAUCAGCUUAUCAAGUUGAAAACUCGCAUGAACUACUUUAUGGUGAUAAAAAUGAUAUUCAACAUUUAAUAGAAUUAGAAGAAAAUAAACAGAUAAAAUUACCAGAUGAGCCUACUUAUUCUAUAGAGAACAAUGUAUCUCAAGGAUUUGAUAUCAAGCUAGCUAUGAAUCUAAUGCGAUGUGAAUAUGAAACUAUGGAUAACACUAAAGCAAAUCAAAAUACUAGUUCUGUCUUGACAGAUUGGAUCAUAUUAGCGUUAAGCCCAAUGGCUGGAAAGCAAAAAUGGAUUGAAUUAAUGUUACAGCAAGCACAAAAGUUGGAAGUAUCGAAACAAUUCCAUUUAGCUGCUUCGUGUUAUAUCGCAUGUUCACAUAUUUAUGAAGCUAUUCAAUUAUAUAGUCGACAUGCUAUGUUUCGAGAGGCAAUAGUUUUAGCAAAAUUAAGACUACCACCCAAGGAUCCUAUUGUACAAAAACUAUUUGCAGACUGGGCAAAAGAACUUCAAAAAAGCGAGCAAGAUACUCUAACAGCAACAUGGUAA